ACACCCAGUUAAACCUUAUGUGGUCAUGUGUCCAGCAGAGGGAGACACAGACCCAUCAGACCUCUGGGUGCAGGGCAUAGACACAUUUCACAGUGACUCCACAUCUGGAGAACAGAGCUUCUAAACAGGACACAUCUCUGUAUGUUCUGUUCAAAUGGACUCUUCUUCUGAUUCCAGCUCCUACAACAUGGAGCCACCUGGACCUGGCCCCGGGUCUAAACCCAGACCUAAACCUGCUCCCAGCUCUGUGUCUCUGAAUAGUGACCACUCCAAAGACCUUGUUCCAAACUUCAGCGACGCUCCCCCUAAAGAGCAGAGGUCCUACAACAUGGAGCCACCUAGACCUGGCCCCAGGUCUAAACCCAGACCUAAACCUGCUCCCAGCUCUGUGUUUCUGAAAAGUGACCACUCCAAAGGCUAUCCUCCAAACUUUAGAGAAGCUCCUCCUGAAGACCAGAGGUAAGACCUUCUUAAUCCAAAGCUCUGGACAUGUUCUCAGGACAGCACCACCUGCUGUUCAUCCUUCAUCAGU